AUGCCUCUCCCUGGAGAAGGAGCGCCAAAGGCUUCCAAUGAGCUGCUUUUCUACGUGAAUGGCAAAAGGAUAGUGGAGAAGAAUGCUGAUCCAGAGCAUAUGUUGCUGUCUUACUUAAGGAAAAGACUCCACCUCACAGGUACCAAAUAUGGCUGUGGUGGAGGUGGUUGCGGGGCCUGCACCGUAAUGAUAUCAAGAUAUGAAUCGGCUACUAAGAAGAUAAUCCAUUAUUCAGCCAACGCAUGCUUGAUUCCCAUAUGUUCACUGUAUGGCGCUGCAGUUGUCACUGUGGAAGGAAUUGGAAAUACAAAAACCAGGAUUCAUCCAGUUCAGGAACGAAUUGCUAAAAGCCAUGGGUCUCAGUGUGGCUUCUGCACCCCUGGAAUGGUGAUGUCCAUCUAUGCUUUGCUGCGUAACCACAUGGAACCCACAUCAGAUCAAAUAAUUGAAGCCCUAGCAGGUAAUUUAUGUCGCUGCACUGGUUACCGACCUAUUAUUGAUGGCUUUAAGACCUUCUGUAAGGAAUCAGUUUGUUGCCAAAAUAAAGAGAAUGGGGUUUGUUGCUUAGACCAAGAAGACCAGCUAUCUCUGUUACCUAACAAGGAAGAAAAUACUUGUACAACACUGUUUCCUGCAGAAGAAUUCCAGCCCUUGGAUCCCACCCAAGAACUGAUUUUUCCUCCAGAACUCAUAAAAAUGGUUGAAAAUCAGACAGGGCAAACUCUUAUUUUUCACGGAGAAAGAACAACAUGGAUUUCUCCUGUGAAUCUAAAUGAGCUUCUGGAAUUGAAAGCGAAGUACCCGCAAGCUCCUCUUGUAAUAGGGAAUACUUCCGUUGGACCUCAAAUGAAAUUUAAAGGUGUAUUCCAUCCAGUUAUCAUCUCACCCACCAGAAUAUUGGACCUCCAUGUGGUGAAACACACAGGAGAUGGACUAAUCCUUGGAGCUGGCUGUAGCCUGACAGUGGUGAAAGAUGCUUUGACAAAGGCUGUUUCAAAACUUGCAGCAGAGAAAACCAAGAUAUUCAGUGCACUCUUGCAACAGUUGAAAACUCUGGGUGGUCAGCAGAUCCGGAAUGUGGCUUCUUUUGGAGGAAACAUUAUAACCAGAAGUUCAACAUCUGACCUCAAUCCUAUCCUAGCAGUUGGCAACUGCAUCCUCAAUGUGGCAUCACAAGGGAAAUUACGACACAUACCUUUCAGAAACCUUUUUGCUGAUGGAUUUGGAAACAAUACACUUGAACCAGAUGAGAUCCUGCUAUCAAUUCACAUUCCAUAUUCUCAGAAGAAUGAGUUUGUAUCAGCAUUUCGGCAGGCCCAGCGGCGGGAAAAUGCGUUGCCAAUUGUGAAUGCAGGGAUGAGGGUCCUUUUUGAAGAAGGCUCCAACAUCAUUAAGGAUUUCAGCAUCUUCUAUGGUGGUGUUGGCCCCACAACUAUGGCUGCGAAGGAGACAUGUCAGGCACUCAUUGGGAGGCCUUGGGAUGAACAGAUGCUGGAUGAUGCUUGCAGAAUGGGGCUGAAAGAAAUUCUUCUCCCAAGCUCAGCUCCAGGUGGCAAAAUAGAGUUCAGAAGAACACUCAUUGCUAGUUUCAUCUUCAAAUUUUAUCUGGAGGUGCUGCAGUCACUGCAGAUGAAAUGUCCUAGUCAGGGUUGCAGUGUACCAGAUAAUUAUGCAAGUGCCCUUGAAUCCUUUCAUACCAAAAUGCCUCAGAAUAUGCAAAAGUUCCAGGAUGUGGAGCCAGGGCAAUCUGCCCAAGAUCCAGUGGGACAUCCGAUGAUGCACCAAGCUGGUAUUAAACAUGCCACAGGGGAAGCUGUGUAUUGUGAUGACAUUCGUACCAUAGAUGGAGAACUUUUCUUGGCUCUAGUAACCAGUGCUAAAGCCCAUGCGAAUAUUGUGUCAAUAGAUGUUUCUGAAGCCCUCAAGAUAUCAGGCGUAGUUGAUAUCAUCUCUGUUCAGAAUGUCCCAGGCCAAAAUGAAUUUUACGACCACAAUGUCCCAGAUAUUAUAUUUGCCAGAGAAAAAGUGACUUGUGUGGGCCAAAUUGUCUGUGCAGUAGUUGCCGAUUCAGACGUUCAUGCUAAACGUGCAGCUGCAAAAGUGAAGAUAGAAUAUGAACCACAAGAGCCUGUCAUCCUGACUAUAGAGGAUGGAAUAAAGCACAAUUCAUUCUUUGAACCACAACGGAAAUUAACACAAGGAAAUGUGGAUGAAGCAUUUAAAAAAGCUGAUCAUAUUCUUGAAGGUGAGAUCCAUGUUGGGGGACAAGAGCACUUUUACAUGGAAACCCAGAGUAUUCUUGCUGUGCCAAAAGGAGAGGAUAAAGAAAUGGAUGUGUAUGUGUCUUCCCAGUAUCCAGCACAUGUUCAGGAAAUGGUAGCUUCUUGUUUAGGAGUGCCAAGCAAUAGAAUCAUGUGCCAUGUGAAACGGAUUGGAGGAGCCUUUGGUGGAAAACUGAUGAAAACCAGUGUGCUGGCAUGCAUUACAGCAGUGGCUGCCAACAAAACAGGCCAAGCUGUUCGUUGCAUUUUAGAUAGAGGUACGGACAUGUUAACCACUGGAGGGCGACACCCACUCAUUGGCAAAUAUAAGGUUGGCUUCAUGAAUAAUGGCAAAAUACUGGCCUUAGACUUCGAUGGAUAUUUUGAUGGAGGAUGCACCCCUGAUGAAUCAAUUAUGGUUACAGAGAUGGCGCUGCUAAAAAUUGAGAAUGCUUACAAGAUACCAAAUUUCCGGUUUUCGUCCCGUGCCUGCAAGACAAACAAGCCAAGCAAUGGCGCCUUCCGAGGCUUUGGUUUCCCACAAUCUGGAUUGGUUACUGAGAGCUGGAUAACGCGUGUGGCAGCCAGAUGUGGUUUACCACCAGAGCAGGUCAGGGAAAUAAACAUGUACAAAGAAAAUGAUCUGAUACCUUGUGGACAAGAACUCCAGCCAGAGAACCUCCACAGAUGCUGGAAUGAGUGCAUGGAGAAAUCUGCAUAUCAUACCAGAAAAGAAGCGGUGGAUGACUUCAACAGAAAAAAUUACUGGAAGAAAAAAGGCAUUGCCAUUAUUCCCUUGAAGUUCCCAGUUGGUUUUGCAGUACGCUGCUUUGGUCAGGCGUCUGCUCUGGUUCAUUUGUAUACAGAUGGGUCUCUGCUUCUGACUCAUGGAGGUGUAGAAAUGGGACAAGGACUGCACACCAAGAUGAUCCAGGUUGCUAGCAGAGAAUUAAAAAUGCCAGUGUCAAAUAUUCACAUCUGUGAAACAAGCACAACCACUAUACCUAAUGCGAUUGGUUCAGUAGGUUCUCAGGGAACUGAUGUCAAUGGAAUGGCAGUGAAGGAUGCCUGCCAGACCCUUCUGAAACGCCUGGAACCAAUCAUUACUCAGAACCCUAAGGGCACUUGGAAAGAAUGGGCUAAAGAAGCUUUUGAGGAGAGUAUUAGCCUGUCUGCUACAGGUUACUUCAGAGGUUAUGAAUUAAACAUGGACUGGGAAAAAGAGAAAAGCCACCCAUUUGAAUAUUUUGUUUAUGGAGCCGCCUGCUCAGAAGUUGAAAUAGACUGCUUGACAGGAGAUCACAAGAACAUCAGGACAGAUAUUGUUAUCGACAGUGGAUAUAGCAUCAAUCCUGCAGUGGAUAUAGGUCAGAUUGAAGGUGCCUUUAUUCAGGGUCUUGGGCUUUACACAAAAGAGGAACUCAAAUACUCAGCAGAGGGAGUCCUCUACACACGAGGACCGGAUCAGUAUAAAAUCCCAGGAGUUUGUGACAUCCCAGAACAGUUCAGUGUCUCCUUGUUACAGUCUUCCCAAAAGACAACAGCAAUCUACUCAUCAAAGGGUCUUGGUGAAGCAGCAGUUUUCUUGGGGUGCUCUGUGUUUUUUGCAAUAUGGGAUGCAGUGGUUGCUGUGAGGAAGGAAAGAGAAUUAUCUGAGGAUUUUGAACUGAACAGUCCCCUGACUCCUGAACGUAUCCGGAUGGCUUGUGCUGACCAGUUCACAGAAAUGAUCCCAAAGGACAAAUGCACUGCUUCUUGGGCCAUCUCCCUUUGA